CAUCCUCUCAUACCCAACACCGCGUCUGCUCAUCCUCUCAUACCCAACACAGUCUGCUCCGACCUACCGAUCUGCUCCAAUCUUCAACACCGUCUGCCGAUAGUCUGACGCCGCCGGCCACCUACCGUCGUCUGCUUCGUUCACCGCGACGCACCGCCACAGCCACGGCCAUCAAAAUCGCAUCUCAGAUCUAAAAUCUUCAUCCGCCGUCUGCUUCGAUCGCCUCACCGCCACCACGCCGUUGGCCUCACGACCUCCACGGUGACGACGAUCUGCCGAUGUGCACCACACCGUGACAAGUCACUGACCGUGGUAAUGCAACAGUUACCGGAGGCGAGAUGUGGAACCAACCUUACCGGAAAUCUGACGUGGAGGCCGGCAGCUAUAUCCCACGAUGCUCGAGAAUCCGCAACUCUGGUGGUCAUUCAUUCGCAAGGUGCACUCGAUUGUGAGUAUCCAACUCCUCCUCACCGUCGCAGUUGCUGCCGUCGUCGUCACUGUUCACCCUAUCAAACACUUCUUUGCAUCCACCGGAGCUGGCUUGGCUGUCUAUAUUGUUCUCAUCAUCACUCCAUUCAUCGUGUUGUUCCCUUUGUAUUACUAUCACCAGAGGCAUCCCUACAACUACUUCCUGCUCGGCAUUUUCACAGUUGCUAUUUCCUUUGCCGUGGGAUUGACUUGUGCAUUCACCAAAGGGACUCACAGCAACUGUUAUCUUUCAAAGCUAGGAUUUUUAACCAAAUACCAUUUCAAAACUGGGAACUUGGGGCUGAAUUGCGGCAUCUUACAAGAGAACCAGUUCAAACAGAUUGUACUAAAGUUGUUUAUCUCGUUCGAGCUCAGCUUGACUUAAUGAAGAGCAUUUGCUCGCAAAUUCACCAUGAUACUUCUAAGGGUAUUCAAAGAGAUUAUUUUUUGUAUUUUGUUCCUCGUCGUGCAGUUGUAUGUGAAAAGAUACUUGAGGAAGAGAAAGUUCACCACUUGUUGACUAUAGGCGAGUAUCCCUUGUAUCUACUUCCACUUGAUGAUGAUGUUUUGUAUUUGGUCCUUUAAUUGCCAUUUGCAGUG